CCGACACAUCACUAUCUAAAGGGUGGAUAUGCCUCUUGUUAUGAUUUUCUUUUAAUUUUGUAGUUUUUUUAAACUUUUGUUUCACUUUAUUUGUCUGUAUUUUCUCAUUAUUUUGUGGCUGUGUUAAGACUUAGCUUAUAACUCUUAUUUUUAUUUAAUUAUAUACUCUUGUCCUGAACCGGCCACCUUUGCUGUUGCUAUGAUCCUGGGUCGGACACUUCCGCCUGCUUCUCAUCUCCCAUAAACACCACCCAAGUCCCUGUGUUCGAUAAUGGCUGAGAAGAUAGGCUGAACAAGAAAGAAAGCACAAAGGAAGAAAGAAACGCAGAAAAGAGACAAGUACAAAAGAAAGAAGAUGCCCAAUAUCCGGCAGCUGAAGAAGAGGGAGUAUAAGAAUAGAAAAUGGACCAAAGAAGCCAUGAAGCAGGCCACGGAGGAGGUGCGGGCAGGCAGGCAAACUAUAAGGCAGGCAGCCAAACAAUUUGGAGUUCCAAAGUCCAGUCUGUCGGACCGACUCAGUGGACGUGUAGCCGCUGAUCCUGUCCAUGGCCAAAACCCGCUUCUCACCAUUGAAGAUGAGAUUUCUCUGGUGGAGUAUUGUUUGUACUCUGCCAGUCAUGGGUGUCCUCAAACGAAGCCUCAGGUCGUGGCCAAUGCUCUGGCCAUUUAUAAUUACCGUAAUCCGGACAAACCAAGGAUUGUUCUCGGCCAAACCUGGUGGAUUAAUUUCAGGGAGCGGCACCACCAUCGCCUUGCCUCCCAAACCACAGACAUCACUGGCCACGGUAAAAAAUCCUGCAUCAAAAGGGGGCCGGUCGAGGACAUCCCCUUUUCCCUGUUGCCCCCGCCCCAGAGUCCACCUUCCUCUCCAUUUUCCGAUCCCUACCUCAACCAUCCACUGGUAGCAUCAGGUCGCAUCGCUGUGGAUCUGGCCCACGUCCUGUCCAAAACCAACCAAACAUGUGACAUCCGAAAAGACAGGAGGAGUGCCAAUGUGCUGACGCCACAGGUAAUGUCAGACGUCAUCAAGAAGGUGGAGAAGAGUGCAGCAAGAAUGGAGGCCGGAAGUGUGAAGAGGUGGGGGGCUAAAGACGCCAGCCCAGCGGACUCCUCCUUGACCUUAUCUGGUGGCUCUCACCUCAGCCACAAAAGAAGAGUGCCCUUCAGGGCUCUUCCAGCCACCGGUUCUGGUGCUGCCGGUCCCUCAGCCUUCUUUGCUCCCACUUCUGCCUCCCACAGCCCUUAGUUACCCCUAGCAACACACCAUCCCACAUGAGCUCGUCUUCCAAGGACCAGCAUCAUCAGAUUGUAGAAGCUUUCCAUCUUUGGCAUACUUUCUCCACGCCUCCAGCGCCCUCGUCUCCUCCUUGCUCCUCCUCCUCCUCCUCCUCCUCCUCCUCCUCCACUGCUGAACCCCCAACAUCCACCACUCACGUAGCUGCACAGAGGAAAAAAUGGAAAAAGAAGAUUGUGCGAUGUGGACGGUGCAGACAGCCUUAUCCUCCAAAGGAUCCAGAAGGAUUGGUGCUGUGGGUUCAAUGCGACAACUGCCACAAAAUGUUUCACACCAUUUGUGUAAACUCAGAGAUGGACUUGGAUGAUGAUGAAUUUUGGUGUUUUUGGUGCCGUGAUAUUUGAUUUUGUUCUAGUUUGUCAUAGCUCAUAAAUACAUUUUUUGUUUAACUUGAUUUUCUAAUUGAUUUUUUACAUUAAAAACAGUAAUGUUUACAAACUCCUAAGACUGCUCCAAAAUUAUUUUCCUUUGUCUGACCCAAAUUGUGGUAACAUUUUAUAAUGCAUGACACUGAGUAGUCAGGUGAAUAAUUCAUCCACACAUGCAUAAAUUAAAAUGCAUACAAGGUGUAUCAGUUAUGGACAGUUUUACAAAUUAACAUUUGGUGUUUUUGCCUAAAAUGCGUGUUUUGCUAGUUACACAGAUUGAGCGGAGCAUUUUUACACACUGAAAAUUGGAAAAUAAGAGCCUUUACAUAAUCUGCAAUGUAUGUUUUAACAGCAGAAAGGCACAAUUUUACAUGAUGCAGUUACUGAAAAAUGCCACAUGGGUGCAGUAGUUUACAAAAAAGGGAGUCAGUCAUGGAUAAGAGACAUAUCAAUGUGUUAGCACAUGCAGAUGUUAUGUUGUUUAUGAUGCCAAAACAUAUUCUCAAGCUCAGAGAUGGACUUGGAUGAAGAUGAAUUUUGGUGCCUUGAUGUUCGAUUUUGUUAUAAUAAAUACAAUUUCAGUUUGACUGGA